ACCGUAAAGCCUCUUUAUCUUCUUCUUCCUCUUCUUCUCCUCCCCCUUCUCUUUCUCUCACUACAUCCUCUCUCUCUCUCUACCUUGUCUGCACAAAUCUUUCGUUGUCUCUCCCCUUUCUCCUGUUUGUCAGCUAAGCUUUUGAAAAAAACUCAAAUCCACACUUCUCUCUCUCUCUCUCUCUCUCUCUCUCUAUAAUUUUUUUUUCUUUGGGUCAAGCAUGCAGUGAAGAUAAAGCCCCCUCCCUGCCCCUCUCUCUGUAGCUCUCCCUAAAACAAAUAAGAGAGCAGCUGGCUAGGGUUUCUCUCUUCUCCUCUCCAUUCCAUCCUCUCCUUCCUCCUCCUCAGUCUCAGUCUCAGUCUCAGUCUCAGUGUCGGUCUUGAACUCGGACUCAGUCUCAGCCCCUUGUUGAUUCUUACAUCCGAUAGUCUCACAGCAGGGGCGCCGGUGGAGAGGAAGUUAGAGACAUUUGGAGUCGCUCUGUUUGAAGUUUCUUCGGACACCCAUUUGUCUCCUCGUCCUCUCUGCUUCGGUCGUGUCGGCGGAAAUGGUGGAAACCAAGAGGUUUUAACAGAGGGAAGGGGGAGAGAGAGUUGGUGCUGUGGUGUGGCGUGCGGGGGAAGAGGGAAUCAGCAGGAAGAGGAGCGAGCGAGCGAGCGAUUGGGGCGUGUCGUCGUCCGUGGCGAGACUUUCAUGAGUUUUGGGGGAUUUCUCGACAGUACUACCAGCAGCAGCUCAGGGGGAGGACUGGUGGGUGACAAAGCCAUAAGCUUGCCGUACAACAACAACACCGGCAGCAGCAGAAAGGACGAGCCGUCCUCCAUUAAUAUGCCCUCUGGUGCAAUCUCACAGCCCCGCCUUGUCGCCCCUUCUCUCGCCAAGUCCAUGUUCAACUCCCCCGGCCUCUCUCUUGCCCUCCAAACGGGGAUUGAGAGCCACGGAGACGUGACCCGGUUGGGGGAUGGGAACUUCGAGGCGGCGGCUGCUGCGGUGGCGGGGAUGAUGAACAGGCGGAGCAGGGAUGCGCUGGAUCAGGAGCACGAGAGCAGAUCCGGCUCCGACAACAUGGAUGGCACCGCCUCCGGCGACGACCAGGACGCCGCCGACAAACCCCCCAGGAAGAAGCGCUACCACCGACACACUCCCCAGCAAAUCCAGGAGCUCGAGGCUCUGUUCAAGGAGUGUCCUCAUCCCGACGAGAAGCAAAGGCUGGAGCUGAGCAAAAGGCUGUGCUUGGAGACCCGUCAGGUCAAGUUCUGGUUCCAAAACCGCCGCACGCAGAUGAAGACCCAACUCGAGCGCCAUGAGAACUCACUGCUCCGGCAGGAGAACGACAAGCUGCGGGGGGAGAACAUGUCCCUCCGCGAUGCGAUGAGGAACCCGAUCUGCACCAACUGUGGUGGCCCCGCCAUCAUGGGGGAAAUUUCCCUCGAGGAGCAGCACCUCCGGAUUGAGAACUCUCGCCUCAAGGAUGAGCUUGACAGGGUCUGUGCCCUAGCUGGCAAGUUCCUGGGCCGCCCCAUUACCUCCUUUGGUGGUCCCAUCCCUCCCCAGCUGCCCAACUCCAGCCUCGAGCUCGGGGUGGGUGGGAAUGGUUUCGGCGGUCUGGGGCCCCUCCCGGACUUUGUUGCGGGUGGGAUUGCUGGUAGCCUCCCUGUGGUCCCCUCCGCAAGAUCUGGGAUCCCGGGGCUUGACCGGUCAGUGGAGAGAUCUAUGCUGCUGGAGCUGGCUUUGGCUGCAAUGGACGAGUUGGUUAAGAUGGCGCAGACGGACGAGCCCCUUUGGAUCAGAAGCUUGGAAAGCGGGAGGGAGAUACUGAACCACGAUGAGUAUUUAAGGACAUUUACACCUUGCAUUGGAAUGAAGCCGGCUGGGUUCGUCACUGAGGCCUCAAGAGAGACCGGGAUGGUGAUCAUCAAUAGCCUAGCCCUCGUCGAGACCCUAAUGGACUCGAAUCGAUGGGCAGAGAUGUUUCCUUGUUUGAUAGCCCGGACCGCCACCACUGAUGUCAUCUCUAGCGGAAUGGGAGGCACCCGAAACGGUGCACUUCAGCUGAUGCAUGCUGAGCUUCAGGUCCUGUCACCGCUAGUUCCAGUCAGGGAAGUGAACUUUCUGCGAUUCUGCAAGCAACUCGCGGAAGGAGUGUGGGCCGUGGUGGAUGUGUCCAUCGACGCGAUCCGGGAGACCCCCUCUGGCCCGCCCUCUUACUUGAGCUGCAGGAGGCUUCCUUCAGGCUGUGUCGUGCAAGACAUGCCCAGUGGGUACUCUAAGGUGACAUGGGUGGAGCAUGCUGAGUACGACGAGGCACAGAUACAUGAGCUUUACCGUCCACUGAUAAGCACAAGCUUAGGGUUCGGGGCCCAGCGGUGGGUCGCCACUCUCCAGCGCCAGUGCCAGUGCCUUGCUAUCCUCAUGUCAUCCUCUGUACCCUCCCGCGAUCAAACCGCGAUAACUGCGAGUGGGAGGAAGAGCAUGCUGAAGCUGGCGCAGAGGAUGACAGCCAACUUCUGCGCGGGGGUGUGCGCGUCGACAGUGCACAAGUGGAACAAGCUCAGUGCGGGUGGGGCAGGGGACGAGGACGUGCGGGUCAUGACCCGGAAGAGUGUGGACGACCCGGGGGAGCCCUCGGGGAUAGUGCUGAGCGCCGCGACCUCGGUCUGGCUGCCGGUCUCCCCGCAGAGGCUGUUCGACUUCCUGAGGGACGAGCACCAGAGGAGCGAGUGGGACAUACUCUCAAACGGCGGGCCCAUGCAGGAGAUGGCCCACAUCGCCAAGGGCCAGGACCACGGCAACUGCGUCUCCCUCCUCCGUGCCAGUGCGAUGAACUCGAACCAGAGCAGCAUGCUGAUACUGCAGGAGACGUGCAUAGACGCGUCGGGGUCGCUUGUGGUGUACGCGCCCGUCGACAUACCGGCCAUGCACGUGGUCAUGAACGGCGGUGACUCCGCCUACGUGGCCCUUCUCCCCUCCGGCUUUGCCAUUGUCCCGGACGGCUCCGCCCCUGCCCCCGGAGGGCCUGCUGCGGCAGCCUCAGCCAAUGGGGGACCACAGAGAGCUGGCGGGUCCCUCCUGGCGGUGGCGUUCCAGAUCCUCGUGAACAGCCUCCCGACGGCGAAGCUGACAGUGGAGUCGGUGGACACGGUCAAGAACCUGAUCUCUUGCACCAUCCAGAAGAUCAAGGUGGCGCUGCAGUGCGAGAACUGAUCAUCACGCGCCCGUUCAUGCGUGACUCUUCUUCGGGUGCCAAAAACAAAGCAAGAGAAGGGAAAAAAACUGAUACAAUAUGAUUGUCGAACUUUAUGUGAGGUGUGCUAAGGGACCGAGUUUGAGCGGUGGGUGGUGAGUCAAGAACGAACCGCGCGAGGACAGUCCUUGCAUUGUGGUAAGGGACAGAAUGGCGCCGUUUAGCACAAGGCAAGGGUGGUGGUUCGGGUAUUGACUCAGUUUGACCCUCCCCGAGGUUUGGCUCUGAAAAAAUGUUGGAGAUUUAGUGAAUUAAUUUAAUUUUAAGGGGGAAAAGAAUGUUAUUAUGAGAAAAAAGGGUGAUCCUGUUUUGUGGCUUAAUUCAGGUAUUAAUUAUCGAUCUAAUUAAAUUUGGGUGUCUUAGUCCUUGUUAGUUGGACGAGGCUUUGACUGUUGUAGCUUUUGUGGUUACUCUGUGUUGCCUCUGUCGAAGGGUUAAUUUAAAUUAAUAUGAUCUGAUUCUAAGAGUUCGACAGGGACAUCUCUAUUGUUGUAGUAAUCUUUAAUGAAAGGGGUUCUUUUUGCACUGCU